UGUAUUUUCAAAAAGUGUCAACUUCCGGAAUAAACAUCCAACACGUGAAAUUUUACAUUCAACAUAAAAUCUUGCUUUACACUCCUUUCAGUAUGGGUGGCACUAGUAAAGUUAACACUCAACAUAGAUUGCAUAAAGGGAAAGGCAAGCGAUGGAAGAAAGGACACAGCUCCACUUCUAACCCAGAAAAAAAGGCGUUUCGCGAAGCUGCAAAAAGUCGAUUUUUCAAUAAAUUAGAAGGGCCAAGUUCACUGACUGUAGAUGCUCUUGUGAAACAUGACAAGGCACAGGGAGGGGAUGAUGUGGAGUCCAUGGUCACUGAAUCUGACCGUCAGACCAUGGGCACAUUUAAAACAUGGGCUACAAACUGGACAGACUGUACCAAUGCCACAUUUAGUAAAGUGCACAGAUAUUGGUCUUCUAAUUCUGCCCUCCACAAAGAGAUUCUGGCAGUUCUUGCUGCAAUUACAGAAGUAAUAAAGACUGAAGGGGGGAAAGAAACAGAAACCGAGUACUUCGCUGCUCUGAUGACUGCACUGGAGAGCACAGAAGGUCUGGACUCAAUCACAGCUAUAGUCUAUCUUCUAGCCCUAGUCAUGAAAAGAGUACCCGUAGCGGUGCUAAGGAGCAAGUUCUCAGAAGUGGCCAAGUGUUUCCUGGACUUGAUGGCAAAAUAUUCUGACGGUGAAGCAACAUCACUGCUGAAAUCACUGAUAAUGUCUCUGGCCUUCCUGUUGCGGUCCCAGGAGGCAGCUGUAUGGUCCAACUCCUCCACCCAGCAGGUGUACAAGGCCCUCCUCACCUUCAUCACCCACAAGAAACCCAAGACCCGUAAAGCUGCUCAGCAGGCAGUGUGCAUCGUGUUGAAGGGGAGUCAGUUCAUGCAGGAGGACACGGCCCCCACCCACCAUCCCGCUGCUGCCAUCACGGCCAAACACUGCAUACAGACUAUAGAGGCCACUGGAGGUAUUGGUGAUGCAGUAGAUACCCUGCACACCCUGGCGCUGGUGAAGCAGUUCAUAGCCCUACUUCCACCCAACAGCACCAAGACCGUGUGUGAAACCAUCCUGAAACUCAUGACACUCAGUAAUGUGUUGGUCACAGCAGCUGGCAUGCAAUCCCUCCACAGUCUGUUUGCAGCAAGCCCAAAGCCAGAAUGCUUAUCAGCAGCUCUAAAUGCUCAGAUUAUUAAUGCCUUGUAUGAUUAUCAGCCUUCCGAGAAUGAUGUGCAGCCUACCCAGGCCUGGCUGGUUGUCAUGGAAACAGCACACAUCAACCUCGCUAGACUGGACAGUAAGUUAUGUAUCAACCACCUGCCCCGUCUGUUCUCUGCCGGAAUGGUGUGCCUGCUCUCUCAGAAGACAGAGAUCACUUCUGCUGCAGGGAAAAUGCUCAAGGCAGUGAUAGUUGGGUGUGUGGCCCCGGCCAGUGCGACUCUGGGAGUCCAGCUGCAGACCACAGGGACCGGUUCCACCACGCCCUUGCAGAAAGUGCUGAGGGCCCUGGAGAGCGGACUUGGAUACCAGUUCCAUGCAGCCUGGGGCUUCGUACUGCAGGUGUUUGCAGCCAUGUUCCAGAGCCUUGGAAGAAUAUGUCCAGCAGCAUUUCAAAAGAGUCUGUCAGCCAUCGCAGAGCUGAGGGACAGUGUGAGGUUUGCAUACAAAGGGGAGCUGGACCAUGCGGUGGGGUGUGCAGUGAGGGCCAUGGGGCCGCGAGAGGUGCUAGCUGCCAUACCCCUGCAGAUCACUGGCCAAAGUGAUGAUCUUGACUUUCCAAGGAGUUGGUUGCUACCGGUGAUCAGGGACAAUGUGCAGGAAACUGAGCUGGGCUUCUUCACUUCCUACUUCCUGCCUUUAGCCGCAAAACUGAGGCUCAGAUCCUUAGAACUGUCAGACCAGCAGAACAUCGUUGCCUCCAAGACAUACGAGACCCUCCAACUGCAGAUCUGGUCCCUCCUGCCGGGCUUCUGUACACGACCCACUGACCUCGCAAUAUCAUUCAAAGGCAUAGCCAAGGUGCUUGGAACAGCUAUCGGUGAAAGGGAUGAUUUACGCAUGGAGGUGAUGGCUUCCCUCAGGAAACUGAUCAACCAGGGCAAAGGCUCAGAAGAAAGUUGUGACGAGCUGGGGAGGUUUUCCAAGAACUUCUUGCCUAUCCUGUUCAACCAGUUCACGACAGAGCCGACGGUUGCUAAGGACCUGAGCAAACAGGCUGUCCUGGAAACAAUCAAGUGCUACUUCCAGAUUACAGACAAACAGAGUAUUGCAACAUACUGUGAAAAAUGCCAAGAAAGACUACAGGAAAAAGAUAUUACAGCAUACAAAAGAAUAGCUUUGCAUGAUCUACUGAUUGGAAUGUUGCCAUACCUGGAGUGUGAACAAUUACGACAGGUGUUUAAACUGGCAGUGCAGAAUUUGGAGGUGCGUGACAGGUCACUACAGAAGAAGAGUUACCGCAUGUUGGAGGAGAUUUGUGCUGGGCGGUCCAUCCAGAGCAGGGAGUUUGUGCGGGCCAACCUGCCCGACAUACAGCAAGCACUACUCAAGUCCUUGUCAACCUCUAGCCCAUCUUCUAAAGCUCCCAGGCUACGAUGUUUGGUGAACAUUUUUCAAGUACUGGAGAGCAGACAAGACGAAUUCCUGCUGGCUGUAGUUCCUGAGGCGAUCCUGUGUACCAAGGAGAUAGCAGAGAAGGCACGUGCUGCAUCCUACGCCCUGCUUGUAGAGAUGGGCAACUCUUGCAUACGCUGGUCCGGAGGAGAGACAGAUUGUGCCCUGGAGGAGUACUUCAAGAUGGUGAUGGCAGGCUUAGCUGGCUCCCCUCAGAUGAUCGGUGCCACCCUGCUAGCCCUCACAAGGAUUAUGUACCAGUUUAAAGACCAGAUGUCGUCUGCCAUGUUGGCAGCAGUGCUGGAGGACGUGUGUCUUCUGCUGAGGUCAAGGUCACGGGAAGUCGUCAAGGGGGCGCUGGCCUUCACCAAGGUGCUUGUGGCGUCCUACCCUGUCACCACCCUGGCACAGCACCUUAAACCAUUGAUGAUGAGCCUGACCAGCAUGAAAGACGACUGCCACCAUCACUUCAGGUUCAAAUCCAAGGAGGUCUACACCAAAUUGGUCAAAAAAUUUGGACAUGAGACCAUAUAUGGAAUGGCAUCUGACAGUAUCCGCAAGCAGCUGGGCAACAUCCGUAAGACUCUGGAGAGAUCCAAGAAGAAACAUGAUGACAAGGAGGACUCUGAGAGUGAGGAUGAGAAAGAGAAGUUCAAAACUCAGACAGAAAGCAUUGAUGAGCUCCUCAGGGAUUCUGACUCAGAGCCAGAGGAGAACCAGAAGGUCAAGAGGUCAAAGGUGAAGGUCGCAGAAAAGAAGAAGGUCACUGGAGGUCAAGCAUGGUUACACGAGGGUGGGGAUGAUGAUAUAACAGACUUCAUGGAUGUUUCUGCCUCCAAGAAAGUCAUGGCUACAAAGCCCAUUGAGAAGAAGAAAGCCCAGGCAGAUUCAGGAUUCAAGACUGCACCAGAUGGACGUCUUAUCAUCACUGAGUCAAGUGAAGACGAAGCAGGUGAUGAAUCUGAUGAUAAUGAUGACAUUAUUGAACUGUUGGAUGCCCUUGAGAAAGGUCGUGAUACUGGCAAGGUACGUGAUACUGGCAAGAUCAAACAGAACAAGAAGCGUAAAUUGGAGGACCUGGGUGGAUCCGAUGAUGAGGGUGCCUCUCCUAACAAAUACAAAGCUGGAGGAGGUGGUAUUCAUCGAGACCUGGACCAGAAGAAGCCAUUUAGGAAACCUGCCCCUGGGGCUGAGUACAGAGCCAAGAAAGCGGAUGGAGAUGUGAAAAAGAAGGGCAAGUUGGAUCCAUAUGCCUAUGUUCCUCUGGAUUUUAGAAGCCUCAAUAAAAGGAAACAAAUGAAAGUCAAGGGACAGUUUAGCAACCUGGUAAAAGGGGCAAAGAAGGGAGCUGCCAAGGGGAAAAAAGCCAAGAGAAAGUCAUGAGAAACUAUCCUGAACUAUUUUAAGGAUUUUAUUGGCCAAAAAAUCUGCUUCAUAUAUUAUACUUACUCAUUUAAUAUUCUUUGAAGCAAUAUUGUGGUAGGUUAGUGACAAAAUGUGUUAGAAGAACACACCUGAACUUUCAGGAAUGCCAAUGCUAGCAAAUUUUGAAGAAAAAAAUGAGUUUUUUUGUUGUCUAUAAAGUGUGUGUUGCAUACCACCAUUACAUGUGAAACAUACUUGAUGUAAUGUUUUGUUAAAAAUAAAACAAGUUGUCUGUGA